AUGAUCCACGCAGAGGAGAGCAGGCUGAAGUCUCAGGUCUCGGGGAAGGAGGGGGUAGGGCUGCUGGUGGCCAGUUGGGGCCCCACACUCACGCUCCUUCCUGGGAUUUUGGCACCAAAUAUUCCUUCAAAAGAAAUACAGAGUUCUGGGUAUACUUCUGAAAUACCAGUCAAUCACCAGAAGGAUGUCACAAUGGAGGGUGUACAGAGUUCCCAAAGUGUCACAGUUUGGUCCCCAGGCAUUUCUUGGCAUCUUAGAGCAUCUUGGGAGAAUUGCCAGAUGCCUGACACAAAGCAAAGCUUGGCAAGCUUAGAACCUUUGUAAGAGGAUAUGGCUUUGAAUGAAGUCUUACAGAAAUUAAAAUAUACUAACAAAAAGCAGCAAACUCUGAUCCAAGGCCUACAAUGUAGUAACAUGCAUUUAGAGAAGAAGGUUGAAGAACUACAGAGGAAGAUUACCAAACAGCAAGUGUUCAUUGAAGUCAUAAAUGAGCUAAAGAAGAAAUUUGAAGAAUUAAUUCAAGACAAAUACAGAGAACUAGAGAAGAGGGACACUGACAAGGCAUUGCAGAAUUUGCAUGAAAUUUUAAUCAACACCCAAAAACAUCUUAAGGAAUCUAGGAAUGACGAGGAAACCUUACAGCUAGAGCUUAAGAAGGUCAAGGGCAAUUAUGUUCAUCUACUGGAAAGAUACAUUACUGAAAUCCAACAAAAAACUGAAACUGUGAGUCAGUGCAUAGAGAUGGACAAAACCUCAAGUAAAAAAGAAAAAGAGCAACUGCAGCAACUCAAAGGAGAGCUGGAAAAGGCCAGGGCUUCUGCUUUGGACUUGCUGAAAAGGGAAAGAGAAACCCGAGAACAAGAAUUCCUGUCUUUACAUGAAGAAUUUCAGAAACAUGAAAAGAAAAACCUGAAAGAAACACAUAAGGUGAAAUCUUGACUUGAGAAAUUGGUCGCUCAAGUAAAAAAUUUGCAAUUCGUUUCUGAAAAUGAAAAGGCUAAGAAUACAAAACUUCAGCAGCAGAUCAAGGAAGCAAAAACAGAAAAUGCAAAACUUCGGCAGGAAGUUGCAAGAAGCAAGGAGUCAAAUUAUAUCCCUACCUUUGAAGCAGCCCAGGUAAAGUAACACAUAGAGGAGGUUAUGCAGACAGAUUUCACAAGGUAU